AUGUCGGGGCUCGGCGCGCACCAGAGCGAUGCCCUCAAUCGCAUCUUCGCCGGCCUCAGGAGCAGAGACGAGGCCUCGCGUCAGGCGGCCGGCGAGGAACUCAAGUCGCACGUCGCCUUCGUCGUCUCCGAGCUCAAGGGCGACUCCCUCUCCACAUUCAACAACGACCUCCACCGCAGGAUCUUCGAGCUCACCCACUCCCAGCAUGUGCACGAGAAACUCGGCGGCAUCGUCGCCAUCGAGGACCUCAUCGAGCAGGAGAGCGAGGACAACAGCGCUCGUCUCUACCGCUUCUACCAGUACCUCAAACCCAACCUCCCCUGCAACGAUGCCUCGGUCAUGAUCGCCGCCUCGCGCGCCCUCGGCAAAGUCGCUCACCACGGCGGUCAGUCGCUCGGCGAACAGUUCAUCGAGUUCGAGGUGCUCCGUGCGCUCGACUUUCUCCAGGCAGGCGAUCGCAACGAGUCCGGCCGAUACGCCGCCGUGCUCAUCAUCCGCGAGAUGGCUAAAAAGGUGCCCCAGCAGUUCCAUCCAUACGUGCCGCGUGUGCUCGAUCGCAUCUGGGUUGCCUUGCGCGACGUGCGCGUCAUCGUCCGCGAGGGCGCCGCAGAGGCCAUGGGCGCCUGCCUCGGCAUCAUCGCCGCGCGCGAAAAGCAGAUGGGCAGCCACUUCUUCGAGUCCAUCUACGAAGAGGCCGAAAAGGGCCUCAAGAUGAGCGCCGCAGAGGCCAUCCACGGCAGUCUGCUCGCCGUACAGCAGCUCCUCCAGCACUCCAAGACCUUCAUGCGCAACCGCUUCCAGCGCGCAUGCCAGCUCGUCUUCCGCCUCCACAAGCACAGGGAUCCGCUCAUCCGACGCACCAUCACCAACCUCGUCCCCGUCCUCGCCCGCUACGACCCGCACUACUUUGCAGAGGAGCACCUCGGCGCCGUCAUGACCAUCCUCACUGAACAGCUCCGCAAGGAGAAGGACCGCUCGCCAAAAGAGUCCGCACAGACCUUCGAGACCAUCGGCUUCGUCGCCGCUGCCAUGGGCCCGCGCAUGAAGCCCUUCAUCGAGCCAGUCCUCGCCUGCGUCAAAGAGGGCCUUCAGAGCCGCGGGAGGAAGAACGCAACCCCAGAGGGUCCCAUCUUCCUCUGCGUCGGCAACCUCGCCACCGCCGUCGGUCCCCACCUCACCAGGUACAUGCACGACCUCCUCGACCUCAUGUUCUCCUGCGGUCUCAGCAUCCCGCUCGUCACCGCACUCGACGGCAUCGUCAAGGCCAUCCCCCCGCUCAUGAAGGUCGUCCAGGACCGCCUGCUCGACAUGCUCUCCAUGACGCUCAUCGGCCAGCCCUACCGUCCGCUUGGGGCGCCCGCAAAUCUGCGUCCCUCGGCCAACGCCAGCCGCGACGUCGUCGCUGCUCACACCGUCGAGUCCAAGGGCGUCGAGACCAUCACCGUCGCCCUACAGACGCUCGGCAGGUUCGACUUCCAGGGUCACAUCCUCAACGAGUUCGUCCGCAACUGCACAUUACCCUACCUCGAGGACGACCAUGCCGCCGUUCGUCAGGCCGCAGCAGAGACCUGCGCCGACCUCUUUGUCAACGAUCCCAUCUGCCGCCAGACCAGCAUGCACGCCAUCGAGGUCGUCAACGACGUGCUCGACAAACUCAUGACCGUCGGCAUCGCCGACCCGGAUCCCGAGCUCAGAUGGACCGUGCUCAGCAAGUUUGGCGCACAGGAGCAGUUCGACCGCCACCUCGCACAGUCCGAGUACGUGCGCUCGCUCUUCAUUGCGCUCAACGACGAAAAGUUCAACGUGCGCGAGGUGGCCAUCGUCAUCAUCGGCCGUCUCGCCAAGCACAACCCGGCCUACGUCAUGCCCUCGCUCCGCAAGGCGCUCAUCCAGCUCCUCACCGAGCUCGAAUACUCCACCGUCAGCAGGCACAAGGAGGAAGCCGCAAAGCUGCUCACCGAGGUCGUCCGUGCUUCGCAGCGCCUCGUCAAGUCGUAUGCGCUGCCCAUGCUCGAAGUGCUGCUGCCAAAGGCCAACGAUCCCAGCGUCGGCGUCGCAGCACGAGUCAUGGAGUGUCUCGGCGAGCUCGCCAAGGUCGGCGGCGAAGACCUGGCGCCCUUCGCCGACCAGCUCAUGCGCCUUGCCAUCGACCAGCUUUCCAGCACAGCGCCCGGCUCGUCCACGGUCAAGCGAGACGCCGCGCUCAAGAUGCUCGGCCUCGUCGCCUCCAACACGGGUCACGUAGUCAACGUUUACCUCACCUACAAGGGCCUGCUCCACCUCCUCGUCAGGAUCCUCAAGACCGAGCAGUCCAAGCCCGCCCGCCGCGAGACCAUCCGAAAUAUGGGCUUCCUCGGUGCCCCUGACCCCUACAGGUUCAAGCUGCUCGAGAAGAACGGCGACGAGGGCCAGGACGACACGUCCAAGGGCAGCGGCACCGAUCUGUUCGAGCUCGCCUUGGCCAUCGGUACCUCGACUGACGACUACUACCAGAACAUCGCCAUUGACGCGCUCAUCACCAUCCUCAAGGAUCCGUCGCUCUCGACGCACCACCACGCCGUCAUCGAGGCCAUCAUGUACAUGUUCAAGACACAGGGUCUCAAGUGCGUCACCUUCCUGCCGCAGAUCAUCCCGGCCUUCCUCAACGUCAUCCGCACCUGCGUCACCGGUCUGUCCGAAUUCUACUUCCAGCAGCUCGCCAUCCUCAUCUCGAUCAUCAAGCAGCAUGUGCGCAGCUACCUCGAGCCCAUCUUUGAGCUGGUCCAGGAGAACUGGAACCCCAACUCGAGCAUCCAGCUCACCAUCGUUUCGCUCGUCGAGGCGGUCGCCAAGGCACUCGAGGGCGAGUUCAAGUCGUACCUGCCAAUCCUAUUGCCCAACAUGCUCCAGACGCUCGACGGCGAGAUCACGAGCAAGCGCCAGCCCACCCUGCUCCGCAUCCUCCAGGCGUUCUACGUGUUUGGCUCCAACAUCGAAGAGUAUCUGCAUCUGGUGCUGCCGGUCAUCGUCAAGAUGUUCGAGCGUCCCGAUGCUUCGCAGACGUUGCGACGCGCUGCCAUCCUCACCGUGGGCAAUCUGUCGCGCAAGGUGAGCUUCUGCGACCAUGCCUCGCGCGUCAUCCAUCCGCUCGUGCGCGUGCUCCCCACCGGCUCGCCCGACAUCCGCAACGCCGUCAUGGAGACGCUCUCGGCGCUCGUGGUGCAGCUUGGCUCGUCGUACGCCAUCUUCAUCCCCGUCGUCAACAAGGUGCUCGUGCAGCACCGUAUCCAGCACACCACGUACGAUCAGCUCGUCACCAAGCUGCUCAACGGCGAGCGCCUUCCCCAGGACCUCUCGGCGGCUGACAAUGCGCUCGGCAGCAAGAUCGACGACUCGCCGCAGGCAGAGGCCAACAAGAUGACCGUCAACCAGCAGCAUCUCAAGCAGGCAUGGGACACGUCCAAAGUGUCCACCAGCGAGGACUGGCAGGAGUGGCUGCGUCGCAUGGCGGUCGAGUUCAUGCGCGAGUCGCCCAGCCACGCGCUGCGAGCCUGCCGCAGCUUGGCAGACGUGUAUCCCGCGCUGGCCUACGGUCUGUUUAACGUCGCCUUUGUCUCGUGCUGGACCGAGCUGUACGAGCAGUACCAGAGCGACCUUGUCAAGGCGCUCGAGACCGCCUUGGAUGCACCCGAGGUGCCCGGCGAUGUGGUGCACAUGCUGCUCAACCUCGCCGAGUUCAUGGAGCACGACGACAAGGCACUGCCCAUCAACAUUCGUGUGCUCGGCGAUCGCGCCUACAAGUUCCACAGCUACGCCAAGGCGCUGCACUACAAGGAGGCCGAGUUUCUCACCGAUCCGUCGCCGCAGGUGGUGGAGAGCCUCAUCGACAUCAACACCAAGCUGCAACAGUCGGAUGCGGCGUUUGGCGCGCUGACGUAUGCGAGGGAGCACCUCGACAUCACCCACCACGAAGAGUGGUACGAGAAGUUGCAUCGCUGGGAGGAGGCGCUUGCCGCCUACGACCGCAAGGCCAUGCUCGACCCAGACGACUACACGGUUGCGUUUGGCAAGAUGCGAUGUCUGCACGCGCUCGGCGAAUGGGAGCAUCUCUCGGACCUCGUCCAGCAGAAGUGGGGACGUGCCGACAUGGACGACCGCCGCCACAUGGCGCCGCUGGCCGCCGCGGCAGCCUGGUCGCUGGGACAGUGGGACACCAUGGACGACUACAUCUCGGCCAUGCGCUCCGACUCGUCCGAGCGCUCGUUCUACCGCGCCAUCCUGCACACGCACCGCUCGCAGCGCGCGGCGGCCAACAAGCAGAUCGCCAAGGCGCGCGAGUCGCUCGACUCGGAACUCACUGCGCUCAUCAGCGAGAGCUACGGACGUGCGUACGAUCUCAUGGUGCGCACCCAGAUGCUCUCGGAGCUCGAGGAGGCGCUGGCAUACAAGCUCGACUACAAGGAGCAGCCCGACCGCCAGGCCACCAUCCGCUCCACCUGGAUGAAGCGUCUGCAGGGUUGCCAGCCCGAAGUCGAGGUGUGGCAGCGCAUCCUCUCGGUGCGCUCCAUCGUGCUCACGCCAGCCGACGACACCGAGACCUGGAUCAAGUUCGCCAACCUCUGCCGCAAGUCCGGCCGCAUGGUGCUUGCCGAGAAGACGCUCAAUUCGCUGCUCGGCCCCGAGAGGACGAAUGCGGAUCCCAGGUCGCCCAUCGGCCCGCGCGCGCCGCCGCCGGUGAUCUAUGCGCACCUCAAGUUCAUGUGGGCGUCGGGCGCGAGACUCGAGUCGCUCAGCUACUUGCAGGAGUUUACGCUCAACCUGGCCGAGGAUCUGGGUGUGCACACGGUGGACGAGCAUGGCAACCUGGUGACGCAGGACUGGCAGUCUUCGCCGCGGCUGGGCGAGUUUGCGCGCCUGCUGGCUCGGUGCUUCUUCAAGCAGGGCGAGUGGCAGAUGGCGCUGCGCGAGAACUGGGUUACGGACGACAACAGCAACGUCAUCGAGAGCUACCGGCGCGCGACCGAGCUCGACCGCAACUGGUACAAGGCGUGGCACGCGUGGGCGCUGGCGAAUUUCGAGAUCAUCUCGCACCACGAGGAGAGGAACGAGCAGAUCACGCCGCAGAUGAUCGCGGCGAGCAUUGUGCCGUCGGUGCAGGGCUUCUUCCGCUCGAUCGCGCUGGCGAGCGGCAACAGUCUGCAGGACACGCUGCGUCUGCUGACGCUGUGGUUCAAGUACGGCCACCAGGAGGACGUGUCGCAGGCGGUCAGCGAGGGUUUCGCGAGCGUGAUUGUGGACACGUGGCUCGAGGUGAUCCCGCAGAUCAUUGCGCGCAUCACGGCGCCGUCGCCGCGCGUGCGUCGGCUGAUCCACAAUCUGCUGUCGGACGUGGGACUGGCGCAUCCGCAGGCGCUCGUGUAUCCGCUCACCGUGGCGGCCAAGAGUCCGAGCCACAUGCGCAUCCAGGCGGCGAUGGGCAUCAUGGACAACGUGCGCGAGCACUCGCCCGUGCUUGUGGAGCAGGCGCUGCUCGUGUCCAACGAGCUCAUCCGCGUCGCCAUCCUGUGGCACGAGAUGUGGCACGAGGGACUCGAAGAGGCGUCGCGCCUCUACUUUACCGAGCACAACAUCGACGCCAUGUUUGCCACGCUCGAGCCGCUGCACGAUGCGCUCGAAAAGGGGCCCGAGACGCUGCGCGAGACGUCGUUUGCCCAGACCCACGGGCGCGAUCUGGCCGAGGCGCGCGAGUGCGGCCGAAGGUACCGCCAGUACGGCGACAUUUCCGACCUCAACCAGGCAUGGGAUCUGUACUACCACGUCUUCAAGAAGAUCGCCAAGCAGCUGCCGGCGGGCAACUCGGUGCAGCUUGAUCUGCAGUACGUGUCGCCGAAGCUGCUGGCGAUGCGCGAUCUGGAGCUGGCGGUGCCGGGCACGUACCAGUCUGGCAAGCCGAUCGUGUGCAUCACGCGGUUCGAGCAGAUUGUGCUGGUGAUCGCGUCCAAGCAGCACCCGCGUCGGCUCAAGAUGAAGGGUUCCGACGGGCGUACGUACCAGUACCUGCUCAAGGGCCACGAGGACUUGCGUCAGGACGAGCGGGUGAUGCAGCUGUUCGGGCUGGUCAACACGCUGCUCUCGAUCGAUUCCGAGAGCUACAAGCGGCGGCUGGAGAUCCGGCGGUUCCCCGUCAUCCCGCUCUCGCCCAACACGGGCAUGCUGGGAUGGGUGGAGAAUACGGAUACGCUGCAUGUGCUCAUCAAGGAGUACCGCGAGCAGCACAAGAUCCUGCUCAACAUCGAGCACCGGCUCAUGCUGCAGAUGGCGCCGGACUACGACCACCUCACGCUCAUGCAGAAGGUCGAGGUGUUCGAGUAUGCGCUCGACAAUACGCCGGGGCAGGAUCUGUACCGCGUCUUGUGGCUCAAGUCGCGCAACUCCGAGUCGUGGCUCGAGCGUCGUCUAGCCUACACGCGCUCGCUUGCCGUCUCGUCGGUGGCGGGCUAUAUUCUCGGCUUGGGUGAUCGGCAUCCGUCGAACCUGCUGCUGGACAGGUUGACGGGGCAGAUCGUGCACAUUGAUUUCGGCGACUGUUUCGAGAUCGCGUGUCACCGGCCCAAGUUCCCGGAGAAGGUGCCGUUCCGGCUGACGCGCAUGCUCGUGAAUGCGAUGGAGGUGGGUGGGAUCAAGGGGACGUUCAAGGUGACGGCCGAGAACACGAUGCGGGUGCUGCGCGACAACAAGGAGUCGGUGCUGGCGCUGCUCGAGGCGUUUGUGCACGAUCCGCUCAUCUCGUGGCGUUUGGUGGCGGACGAUGCGGAUCAGCAGCGCGCUCCGGAUGCGCAGGAGAACGAAGCGGCCGCCACGGCCGAGAAUGCUGCAGCGGCUGCGGCGGUGGCGGGUGCGCCGACGGGUGGCGCCAAUGUUGGCGCCGGCGGUGUGGUGGCCGCCAACCAACGUCAAGACCAGCCGGAGCAGGCACAGGGUGGAGGCGCCGUGGCGGCGGGAGGUCACGACAUGCGCAACCAACGCGCGCUGGAGGUGGUGCGCCGCAUCCAGAACAAGCUGAGCGGUCGCGACUUUAACCCCGCCGAAAGCCUCACUGUUGCGGCGCAGAUCGAGCGGCUGGUGCAGGAUGCGACGUCGAAAGAGAACCUGUGCGUGGCGUUUGUCGGCUGGUGCUCGUUCUGGUAA